AUGAAGGUGUUGGUUGCGUUUUGCUUGCUUAUUUCAUGGACUGUUACAAAUGGACAAGAUGACGCCAAGACAUUGAUAAACUCCAUACUCGAAAUUGACCGUUCGCUGGAAGAAGAAAUAAAAAAUGACAUUUCUUCGGCAACGCAAAAAGAGCAACAAUUACGAGAAGACUUUGUGAAAAGCCUUAACAGCUCAGUGCAGAGAGUUAGGGAUCUCCUAGGUGCACGAAUUAAUAGGCUGAAGGACAUUCAACAGGGUUACAAUGCUGAAGAAUCUGCGCAAAAGCAGCAAGCUACCAAAGAAUGGGAAAAUCUCAUUAGCGGAUUGAACAAGACGAAAAUAGCGUUGCAAGAGGAAGAAGUGAAGCAAGUGGAUCAACAACAACAAGAUAUACGUCAAGUCUUAGAGCAGCUUAGAACAGCCUAUCAACAGAAAAAGCAAGAAAGUGAUGCCCAAAGGCAGAGGCAACAAGAGCUACUAAGUCAAGCUUGGGAUGACGCUAAAACCAAACUCGGAGAGAUACAAGCAAGACUGAAUCAAUCUGCUGCUAUUAGAAAAGAGAGGAGAAAGGAGAUGCUGCAAAGUAUGAAAGCGACUAUGAACGAAAUCAGAGCCAUUGUGGAUCAGCAAGCGGCGGCACGUCUACAGCAACAGCAACAAAAACGUCAAGAAUUGCAGAACAGAAUGAAUCAAAUUAAGAGCGAUAUAAUGGCACGAAAGGAUGAUCUGGAUGCUCGUGAACAAGAGCUGCGAGACAAAUACGCGCAAUACCAACAGAAACAGCUUGAGUUAAAGGAAUAUGUCACGAAUGCGUUGUUAGAUAGCGUCAAAGCGUCUGUGGUGAUGGAUCUAGGUAAUAAGAUACAGGGCACUCUUGAUAGGAAGGCCCUACAGAAAGUCUUAUCAGAAAAUCGUACACUCUUGAAUGGAACAAUGGCAGCUCCAAAAGCAACGGUUUUAGAUGAAAUAACAGGCGUGUCUGCAUGGCAGACUGUAACGUGGAUACUCUUGGCACUUUGUAUUCUUCUUGCCAUAGCUGUUAUUGGGAUGCUUAUCUACCAGAUGCAACGCAACACCAAAUACCAACGUCUUGACGGUCGUAAUGAUGAACGCGUGCCAAUAGCCCAACCUGUCCCUCAGCCCGGGUACACUGAAGAAAAGAUGUCGAUGCCACCCACUUCUUCUACGGUCCCUCCUUAUGGGGAAACACAACAGUUUUAGGAAGAUUGUUAUUACGAAACGAUGUUAUCGCUGUACACACACACUUGCUACCAUGUCUUCUCACUUUACAUAUAUAAUCCGCCUUAACUUGCUAUAAAAUGUUUCUAUCAU